AUGGACAGAUCAGACAACCCGGUUGAAAUACCAGCCCUGGGCCGCCCAUUCCAGCUGGGGAUGCUGUACGACUGUCGUGAAGAUGCCCUCAUCCCAGGUAGAGCUGGUGCAAGGAAGAGCUUAUACAGUGGUACCUCGGGUUAAGAACUUAAUUCGUUCUGGAGGUCCAUUCUUAACCUGAAACUAUUCUUAACCUGAAGCACCACUUUAGCUAAUGGGGCCUCCCGCUGCCGCCACGCCGCUGCUGCAAGAUUUCUGUUCUCAUCCUGAAGCAAAGGUCUUAACCCGAGGUACUAUUUCUGGGUUAGCGGAGUCUGUAACCUGAAGCAUCUGUAACCCGAGGUACCACUGUACUGAAAAACAAAAAUUACUCAUAUCAGGAUUAGCAGUCGGCCCAAACAGUGCAGUUUUAGUCCUAAAUGUGCUCUUCAAAUUCAUGUUCAACAUCCCUUACUGUCUGCUUCCACAUCUUUUGCCAAAGUUUGUGUUCCUUUAUGUUCUCUUCAUUUAGACAAGACUUCCAUUUAUUAAAAAGAAGUCUUCUUGCCCCUGAUAGCAUCUUUGCUCCUUAACCUUGCUGGCAUCAUCUUGGCCCAAAUAAUCAUCAUCAACAUCUGCCAAUAAAGAUUCAGCAGGUCUUCUAUAGGUUGUCUACUUUUCUCCUUGGCUCAGGAGGGACACAUAACUCCACACCCUCCAACAUUUCUCUGAUGAAAAUAUCUAUGUCCUAAGCCUAAGGGAAAGUGGAACAUUCAGGGAUCAAAUCAGAAACCGGGAUGGCUUCUGUAAAUCCAAGACUGUCCCUGGAAAAUAGGGACACCUGGAGGGACUAUAAUCCAUUGUGGUGUUCCUGUACCAAUAAGUUAACAACUUUCACCACUGUAACUGUUAUGUGUGCCGGCGUGGUUGCUCAAGAGCGAACAGGCAAGACUCCCACUGGUCUUUUCAAAGCUUUAUUAUCUUUAUAAUAAAGCUUUAAUAUGAGGAAUGGCUAAGGGAGCUGGGCAUGUUUAGCCUGGAGAAGAGGAGGUUAAGGGGUGAUAUGAUAGCCAUGUUCAAAUAUAUAAAAGGAUGUCAUAUAGAGGAGGGAGAAAGGUUGUUUUCUGCUGCUCCAGAGAAGCGGACACGGAGCAAUGGAUCCAAACUACAAGAAAGAAGAUUCCACCUAAACAUUAGGAAGAAUUCCUGACAGUAAGAGCUGUUCGACAGUGGAAUUUGCUGCCAAGGAGUGUGGUGGAGUCUCCUUCUUUGGAGGUCUUUAAGCAGAGGCCUGACAGCCGUAUGUCAGGAGUGCUCUGAUGGUGUUUCCUGCUUGGCAGGGGGUUGGACUCGAUGGCCCUUGUGGUCUCUUCCAAUUCUAUGAUUCUAUGAUUCUAUGAUCUAUCCAAACAUUCACUGUGCAGAGCGUCUCAAUUGCAUGUCUGCUCAGUCGCUAGCAGAAUCUGGGAGUGGGCGGUCCUUAAACUUUCCCCAGCAUAGCAGUCUUUUGACCCCCAUCCUACGCCUCCCCUCUCUGCGCUUAAACCGACUGCGCAGAGAGGGUGUGGGCAAAGGGGGACUUCCUCCCCCUCGCUUUGCUCAGGCUCGGUGUUGCAGCUCUCUCUAGCAUUCUCCGAGCCCUGCAUCCCUUCCCCACUGGAGGCAUGGCUUCCCUCCUCACCUGCGGAAGAGCUGCUAUGCAUGAUCUUUGGAGGCUCCCUGUAACACAGCUGCUCUUCCACCUCUUGCCUCUGAGCUGAUGGCAGUUCCCUGACUAAGCCAAGUUUUACAACCUGUGUUUUCUGACUGCUAUAUGGAAAAGGACAUGAAUCUGACCUUUGGAGAGUUUUUAAGUAAACCAUUAUGAACUUACCAAAGAUGUGGUCCUUUUCAGUGCCGGGUGGGGGGACGGACUAUUUUGGAAGGAGCUCACAAGCACAUAUUUUAAACGUCUGACAGCCUAAAUUUCCACACUUUGCUUUGCUGCAUAUUUUGUGAUUUUAAAUCUGCUGGGGUUCUCUCACCAAAGUGUUUUGUCCCAACUUGGAUCUUGGCCCCCAGGGAAUUCUCCUUAUAUAUACCCAUUUUUUCCGUGCCAGUCUACAACUAGCACCAGCUCUCUAGGGCCUCAAGCAGGAGAUGUUCAAACCCUAAAUGGUGGUGAUUGAAUCUUAUCCCUGCUACUGAGCCAGUGCCCACCCCCUUUCUGAGGCCUGUACAACAGAUGCUCAUGAAAUGUUCACACUUGUUCCACUAUCAUAACUGGUCAAAUAUUUUCCCUGCCUUUUGCCAAGUUUUACAAAACUGCACAAACCUCUUUCUUUGUGGAGACAGUGGGACAAAAUUCAUGAGUGCAGACAUUGUGGACAGUGAUAGCUCUAUUUUAACUCCUUGUUUCUCUGUACAACCUUAGGCAUUAGGCUAAUUGUGUUCUACAUUUCUGUGAACAUACUCAAGCAUUGCAUAUUUCUCUGCUUUAUCCCAGGAAUCACCCUUUGGGACCAGGCCUCACUUCAGAAGGACUUGUGUAUCAAACCGCAACCCAAGGCUGAAUAUGAAAUCAUUGCAUCUGACUCCAUCGAUGAUAAGGCCUCUGCCCUCAAUGUCUCAGCAUCACUCAAGGCCAGUUUUUUGGGGGGAUUGGUUGAAGUGGGUGGAUCAGGCAAAUUCCUUCAAGACACCAAGAAGUCCACAAAACAGGCCAGAGUCACUCUGCAGUACAAAGCUACCACCAAGUAUUCACAGCUGACCAUGAGCCAUUUGGGAACCCAAAAUAUCACUUAUCCAGCUGUUUUUGAGCAUGGCAUAGGCACCCAUGUUGUCACUGCCAUCUUGUAUGGAGCCCAGGCUUUCUUUGUGUUUGACCGAAAUGUCUCUUCUUCUGAGUCUGUGCAAGAGAUACAAGGAAGCCUCCAUGCUGUGAUCAACACUAUUGUAGUAUCUAUCAAAGGGGAAGCAUCUGUUGAGAUAGAGGAGAAGGAGAAAGCCCAAACGGAGAAUUUCAGCUGCAAGUUCUAUGGGGAUUUUUCUUUGGAAAGUAAUCCGGUGACUUUUCAAGAUGCCAUGAAAGUCUACAGAGAUCUGCCCCAAAAGCUCGGGGAGGAUGGAGAGAAGGCUGUGCCUGUCAGAGUUUGGCUGUACCCACUGAGCAAGCUAGAUUCCAGAGCAGCUAAGAUGGUGCGUGAGAUCAGCUUAACACUGAUCUUUGAUGCUCAAACUGUCUUGGAGAAACUGAAUGAAAUCAACAUGCGAUGCAAUGAUCUGGCUAUGAAUCCUGUUGCAGAAAACUUCCCAGAAUUCAAGGUGAAAAUCAAUAGAUUCAUGGAUCUGGGCAAGCAGCACAGGCAGACCUUCCAGAAACACCUGGCGGGAAUCCUGCCUUUGAUCCGGGGAGGGGGGAAAGAGGAAAGUGUUCUGGUGGACAUUUUAAUGUCCAUUAACCAGUCUCCCUUCAACAGCCAAAGACUCAGUGAGUUUUUGGAUGCCAAGGAACGAGAGAUUAAUUUGGUGAAUUCUUACCUUAUUAUCCUAAGAGGAAUGGAAGUAAUCUCUUCCCAGAACAAACUGGAAGAAAUUGUGCUAAACCCUGUGAAUGAGUUUGUUGUCUCAUUUACCUUCACUUCUUUACAUGAUGAGGAACCAUUUUUAGUCAGCUUACAAGACUGGCUUCAGAAAGAUUUUUUUCAGGAAACAGCAAAUUCCACCAGUGGCCAGUCGACACCCAAGAACAAUAAAGCCUGGUUUGAGAACCAAGAGAGAAUUCGGAAUGCUCGUAAAGCUGCCAAAUCCAUUACACAUUUUGCCCAGGUCAAUAAAUCAAAUGAGAAAACCCGGUUCCUUGUGGCUUCUGUCCCAGACCAGAACAACCCAGGAGCUUCCAUUUACCUCUAUGAAGAUGGGGAGAUGUUCAGCAGCAACUUCGAGCUGCCCUCAAAACCUCUCCCUCCACUGAUUGGCCAAAUUGGACAUGACCAUGUGCAGCUGACAUUUCAACCAGCAGAGUAUGGGAAGGCUUCAAUCUCCAGCUAUCAGGUAGAAUACAAGAUUGCAGGAGAAGAAAACUGGAAUAUUGUGAAUACUGAGGACAGUCAGGAGACAUUCCAAGUGAGAGGGUUGAGCGCAAACACAGAAUACCAAUUCCGAUACAGCGCUAGGAGCAAACCAGGACUUAGUGAGACCAGCAAUGUGAGUAAAUCUGUACAGACACGUCCUACCAGCCCUCCUGGGAAACUGAGAGUGAUAAUCGCAGAGUCUUCCACAAUCACUGUAGCCUGGGAGAGCCCAAAGGUCAUUGGCCAGGGAGCUGUUAUAAAGGAAUACAAAGUGGACUACCGUGAAGAGGCUGGAGAGGCAAAAAGCAAAGACAAAGAUGAAUGGGCUGAAAAAAGAACAGGGAAGAAAACAGAGUUCUGUGAGAUUGAUGGUCUGAAGCCCCAGACACCCUACAGAUUCAGAGUCUCAGUCAUGUGUGACGGUGGGGCUGAGAGUGAGCCCAGCAAAGAGAUUGAGGUUUCCACAUCAUUGGAAGGAGACGAGAAGAGAAUAGGUUGUAAAUACCUCCAAGACAGCACCCGUGUGGAGGAUGGGCCACCAGCAGUGUAUGCUCUGCCACUGAAGCCUGUACAGGAUGCCUCUGGAUCCUGUCUAACAUACCAGCUAGGGAAAGAGAACAUUCAGAUCCCCAACAAAGUGAUUAUGGUGAUGGGGGCAACAGGAUCAGGGAAAACCACUCUCAUCAAUGGAAUGAUCAAUUAUGUCCUGGGUGUGCAAUGGGGAGAUGAAUUCCGAUUCAAACUUAUUCAUGAAAAUACCAACAGAAGCCAAGCUCAAAGCCAAACAUCAGAAGUGACUGCCUACGUUGUCCACCACCGCAAGGGUUUCCAAGUCCCCUAUUCCCUCACCAUUAUUGACACUCCAGGAUUUGGAGACACAAGAGGAAUAGAGCAUGACAAGUUGAUAACAAAGCAGAUCCGGGAGUUUUUCUCCUCCCCAGGGGGCACUGAUCAUAUAGACGCCAUCUGUAUUGUCGUCCAGGCCUCUUCUGCUCGUUUAACUCAUGCCCAGAAAUACAUCUUUGAUUCUGUGCUCUCCAUCUUUGGCAAAGAUAUAAAGGACAACAUCCAAGUCCUGAUCACAUUUGCAGAUGGACAGACCCCUCCUGUUCUCGAGGCCAUUAAGGAAGCCAAUGUACCAUGCGCUAAGGAUGCCAAGGGCACCCCUGUGCACUUCAAAUUCAACAAUUCAGCACUGUUUGCCAACAAUCCUGUGGAGCCUGGAGGCAACUUCAAUUUUAAUGAAAUGUUUUGGAAAAUGGGCACCAUGAGCUUGAAGACCUUCUUUGAUUCAUUCCACACACUAGAAACGAAGAGCUUAACAUUGACAAAGGAAGUGCUCAGGGAGCGAAAAGAGCUUGAAGCUGCUAUUGAAGGGUUGCAGCCCCAAAUCAAAGCUGCACUGGCCAAGCUGGAAGAACUGAGGAAGACACAGGAAGCCCUGGACAAGCAUAAGGUUGACAUGGCGGCAAACAGAAACUUUACAUAUGAGGUAGAGGUAACUGUACCAGUGAAGACGGAUAUAUCUGGCACAGGAAAAUACAUAACUAAUUGCAUGUAUUGUCACGUCACCUGUCACUAUCCUUGUGCAAUUCCUAGAGAUGAAGAUAAGCAUGGUUGUGCAGCUAUCAAUCAGAGCACAGGAAGAUGCAGAGUCUGUCCUGGCCAGUGUGUGUGGAAUGUGCACUUCAAUCAGCAAUACAAAUUUGAAUAUACAACAAGAAAAGAGAGCAGGACCUAUGAAGCACUGAAGCAAAAGUAUGAACGUGCCUCUGGUGAGCUGAUGACCACAGAGAAAUUGCUUAAAAAUCUUAAUGAGGAAUAUGAAGAAGUGAAAGACAUCUUAGAAGAGCUUAUCCAGAAAUCAUCUCAAAGCCUCCAGCGCCUUCAGGCGAUUGCACUGAAGCCCAACCCACUCUCUACCCCAGAGUACAUUGAUCUGCUCAUCAUGUCCGAAGAACAGGAGCUGAAGCCUGGAUAUCAGGAGCGAAUCCGGUCCCUGAAGGAAGUGAGGGAAGUAGCUGAGUUAAUACAGAAAAUUGCCAACAAGGAGCCUCUGCUGCCUGGAGAGCAGAAGCUGUAUGACCAAAUUGAAGUAAAAAAGGCCUCUCGAGGAGGCAAAAUUAGGAAAAUAGGGGAAGCUUUUGUAAACUUUUUUAAAUAA